GGAAAUAUAUAUAUAUAUAUAUAUAUAUUCUCGCACUGACUACAUAAUGUUGACUUUGUAAUAAUUUUGAAAAUGCUAGCCGGGGUACCUAGGUACAACCACGGCUAUACUACACUGCAUGCACGUGACAAAAACUUCCCGAGAGACCUCAAGCAACAAACGAAAAGGACGAAUAUUCACCGCUUAUCACCAUUCACGAAAAGACUUUUCUCCUUUUAAACCAUCCCAACUAUGCUGCUCGGCCCGCUACACCCUCUUUACUUGCUUAUAUUCUUUCAAUCCUUUUUUUUUACAUUGCCCGCCCGCUACAAGACACUAAUAAUGUGGUAUUGCUAGUGCAUUGGGUCGGACUGUAGCUGCAGCAGGCUUGGGCAGUAGUGAUUUCUGUUCGUCAGACGACAACCAAGAGGAGGUUGUCUUGCAGGGUAGAGGAUUCUCGUUGGAGGCCUCAAGUUUCUCAUGUGUUAUUUUGUUUUUCUUAUUUUUAUAUUUCUGUUGAGGCUGUUCUCUUUCAACUCGACUGCCGUCGACUUGACCUUUCUCUUAUCACUCACUGGGUUUCAGUUCGCAAACUGUCCUUCGAUCGCUAAUUAAAGGGGCUUCUGCUUCUACGCAAUGGAGAUCUUCUGUCGAAAUGUUCCCAACCAGGUCCAGGACAGCCAUUUGAAGCGACAAUUCAAACCAGUACUUGCGUCCUUCGGUAUCCACUGCUUCAGCUGCCGCAAGCUCCCCAACUGCAAUGCUAUCUUGACUAUUGCCGAUUAUAGUAAGGCCUUGAAGCUGCUUUCCACCUAUGGACAAACUUCUGGCCAGGGCAGGGUGCGAAGACCUCCUAGGCAACAACUGAAGAUGUUUGGGCAGAAUAUCUUCAUACAAGAAGGUCGCAAUACCCCGGACGAAUAUCUACUUCGCACAUUAAUAAAUGAGGAAGAAACCAGGCUUUCGCGAGGGGCAGUCUCCGGCAAUGUGCAGGCCUAUCACCAGCCAGCGCCUGUCAAACGGCUCAAGAGCUUCUCCAUCACUUCUAUGUCCUGUGGUAUGUGGGAUUAUCACGAGGGAAAUCCGGUGUUUAUUGAAUGUUAUCGCUCUGGGAAGAAUGGCAAGAUCGCGUUUGGUAAAACUGCUAUCCGGGUUGCGCUUGAGACGAUGCACGAUAUUAUCUAUCAUCUUGAAUUCACCUACUUCAAUAUACACGGAUCGAUCUACACUAGCACGACUAAGGCACCUUCUAUAACCAUCACGGCUAAUACUGCCCCGAGACUAUACAAGACUGAUCCAACAGAUGUGCUAGAAGCCAAAUUUGGUGCUAUGUUUCCAUCCCGACCGAAAUGGCAGCGAGGGCCUCCUCCAAAAACUAGAGUUGGCCAUUUCGGCGAUGAACACGAGUAUCUCGCCGGUACUUGCUUUGUCUAUCGAUUUCUCUUGAGGGAUGCAAGCGACCUCAAUGCUGUUCGAGACCUUGGCAAUGAGCACCAUAUCCCCCAUAUUGCUAGAUGGCUGGACCAUCGCGCACAGUACGACGUGCCGUACUCCACCUUGAUGCAGAGGUUGAUGGCCUUCUUAUCUCAGGAGCGUCUUCCAUACCAGGUCAGAUUUCAGUUACAAAAACUUGUGUGGAACGGUGACAUAUCGCCCGCCAAAGCAAUUUCGUUUGCAUCCCGUGUCCAAGCUGCACUGGUUACUGAAAAUCUGGAUGUCGUCGUUCAAGCGUUGAUGAGGCUGCGGCAGAAUAUAAAGUGGCCGUCCCCAGACGUGGAACCAUCUGAAGUCGACGUGUCUGCGCUAGUAGCAACGUUCAGAAAUGCCCUUGAAGCCGCCGUCCGCGAGCACAAGAUGGCCAGCACCAAUCGCCAUACCAACCCCAAUCAUGUCUCCAUCCACCGUGUUCAGGUCACGCCUUGUGGUAUUUACUUGGAUGGGCCUUACAUGGAAUCCAAGAAUCGAGUUUUGCGCCGCUAUGCUAAUCAUGUCGACCAUUUCCUCCGUGUCGAAUUUAUGGACGAAAGCGGAGACCCUGUCCGAUAUGACCCGCGCGCAUCUAUUGACCUGAUAUUCCAACAACGCUUCAAAGGUGUCUUGAAAAACGGAAUCAACAUCGCAGGCCGCAAGUUUGAGUUUCUUGGCUUCUCUCAUUCGUCACUUCGUUCUCAGACGUGUUGGUUCGUGGCACCUUUUUAUGCAGAUGGGAUUCUGUACAAUGCCACGACUAUCAUUCAGAACCUGGGUCGAUUUGAUCAUAUUAACUCUCCAGCGAAACAGGCGGCAAGAAUUGGACAGACGUUUUCCGAGACCUUGACCUCCAUCCCUAUAUCCGAGGAAAUUAUUUCGGUAGUGCAGGACGUGAAGCGGAACGACCGAGUCUUUAGCGAUGGAGUUGGUACAAUAUCGCCCUCCGUGAUGUAUAUGAUCUGGAAGGACUACUCGCUACGGACAAUGGUGAAGCCUACUGUCUUCCAAAUCAGGAUUGCGGGCGCCAAAGGGAUGGUCUCUCUAGAUAGCAGAAACAAAGGGGAAUCUCUGGUUCUGAGGCCCUCCAUGAUUAAAUUCCCCGUUACAACCUCCUUCAAUGCUUACAACAUCGAAAUAUGUGGAUCGGGGAUAAGGUCGCUACCGUUCUUCCUCAAUGCUCAGUUGAUCAAGAUUCUGGAAGAUCUGGGCGUCGACGGCAAUGUCUUCUUGAAGUUACAGCGAGACGAGAUUCUGAGACUCCGCGCUACAGCGACUUCGACUACACAGGCGGCGAAAUUUUUGGAAGACACAAAUAUCGCAAAGUCUGUAGGUCUCCCGUGGCUUAUCAGCAUCCUAGAAGCCCUUGGACUCCGCCACUCCGAUGACGAAUUCCUGCGUCGAGUUAUGGAGCUUGUUGUCCUGAUCAAGCUACGAGAUCUAAAAUAUCGCGCUCGAAUCCGAGUUCCUAAGGCAGUGACUCUGUUUGGCAUUAUGGAUGAGACCGGAUACCUAAAGGAAGGAGAGAUUUUCUGCACGAGUUUGUCCGAUAAAGGACGCAGGGAGGUGCUUUUGAAUCCUAAGGUUGUUGUGACUCGCUCCCCAGCUAUGCAUCCCGGAGAUGUCCAGAUCGCAAAAGCCGUCGAUGUCCCCGCCGACUCCCCGCUCCGCCAACUCCACAACUGCAUCGCUUUCAGCCAGCACGGCGACCGUGACCUUCCCAGCAUGCUGAGCGGCGGAGAUCUAGAUGGUGAUCUAUACAACGUCAUAUUCAAAGAUACAUUAAUUCCUAGGGUUAUUAGUCCCCCGGCACAGUAUCCUCGCGUACAAGAAAAAGUACUUGACCGGCCCGUCGUACGCGACGAUAUUAUAGAUUUUUUCGUGACGUUCAUGCAGCAAGAUCAGUUGGGAAGGAUUGCUACGGUUCAUCAAACCAUUGCAGAUCAGAAGGCUCUUGGGACUUUUGAUCCACAGUGCUUGUUACUUGCGGAGCUGCAUUCUACUGCUGUAGAUUUCUCGAAGAGCGGGGUCCCUGUUGACUUAGCGCGCAUCCCCAAAUUUCCUCGCUACCGUCCAGAUUUCCAGGCCCCCGGACCCCGCGUCCGCAUUGCAGAGAGCCUAUCUCUGCUCGAAGAACAUGACCAGAUGACUGUGCUGGACGAUGAAGAAGAAGAAGAAGACGAGCGCCCGACUGCAAGGUACUAUAAAAGCGAAAAGAUACUGGGAAAACUGUACAGGGCUAUUGAUGAGGUGGAGUUCCUUCAGCAUCGGCAGAAUGCCAUUGAGCGUUCGAUGGCGAUGGCUGCUCCUAGUGUGCUGAAGGGCGUCUGGGCGUUCGUACAAAGUGAGACGGUAGGGUUUCUGUGGGAUCAUCACGUUGAGAACGCACUGGAAAUUCGGCAGAUUUACGAAGAUAACCUCUUAGAAAUCAUGGCUCGGUACUCCUCCACCCCAUGGAAGAGCUCCAUCACCGAGUACGAAGUGUUCGUCGGCACUAUCCUGGGCCACGGACAGAAAAUUACCCAUCGACAGAAGGACGCGUCAAAACAGAUGAGGGAGGAAUACGAGGGGCUCGUCCAAUUCGUCACCGCCAUGAUCCAAGGUCGCGAAACGGGCGGGAUGGAAUCGCUCGAACGGUCCAUCGCCUGCCUUUACAUCGCCAUUGAAGAAGAGGGGAAGCAUAAUAACCAAUCCUCACGGGUAUCCAAACCCGAUGCCUCCGCCACUCGUUACCGUCAUAAUUUGGAACAGCAAUACCAGGGUCGAUCAGGAGAUGGCUUCGGGACUAACAAGCAGGGUAAAAAGCAGAGGCUGUUUAGUUUCCCGUGGAUUGCGGCAAUUGUGUGCCUAAAGGAGGUCGAUAAGCUGCAGCAAACUAUGCCGUUUUAGGGAUACGUCCCCGUACAGGAGGAGAUCUGGGGGGGGGGGUGUGAGGAGGUUUUUAGAACGCAGGUAUGUUCUGGUAUGAUAUAGUUGCUGGUGCGUGUGUGCGGAGGUUUUCUCAGGGAAGGUGCACGAGUGAUGUGGCCACGGUUCAGCAGGGUAUGGAGUGGGUAUUCAGCUUUAAUUUCCUAUUUCCCUGUUUAAUCUUUUCCUCACUUGCGUUCGAUGGUCUUCUGACUUGUCUAGGUAGGUAGAUAUCCUUCAUCGAGGUGUUGGCGUCGGCAGUCUAACGGAUCUUGUUCUUUUGUUUUGCUUCCUCACAUUUGCACUGGUGAUGGUUGGGUGGGUGGCAUUUGUUUUAUCUUUGUUUCCUUCAUUUAAAUAAUGUAUUUCACUAAUACUUCUUCUUCAUCCUCUGCUUUCUCUUGCCCUCCUUCCAGCAGAAUAUUACGGCAGCCAAGAGUAGACAUGAAUUACUCUAGUCCUAAUGCAGUUAGUAUGUUACUAUAUAUGAUUUAAUCAGUCUAUGAGCUUCCAC